CAGUUUUCUUUGUUUUUGUUUUUGUGAUAACAGCAAAUACGACGAAGAAAGAAGAAUAAGAAUAAUGGAUAAUAAAACUCGAAAACUUUGAACAAUAGAAAACAACAAUGGGCAGCUACGAGCAACUUUUAAAGGAAGUCAAGGUUGCUGCCAGCCAGGAAAGUAAAGCAAAGAGCCGCCACCCCUUGCGGGCGGCUCUGAUUGCCUGGCUUCUGUUCCUGUCGCUUUUGGUGGCCUUCAUCAUGGCUCUGGGCUACCAGUACUUGCUGCGAGAGGUACCACUAGCCACCGAGGAGCUGGAACAACGCCUGGUUUGUUACUACGCCAGCGAUGGAAGCCACCAACUUAGCCUGCUGGACGUGCCCGGUGAUUUGUGUACGCACAUCAACAUUGGCCCCGCCAGCCUGGACAAUGGCACAAUUGUUCUGCCCGCCUCGUUGGUCCAGGUGCUAAGCAAUGACAGUCGCCCGUUCAGGGAGUCCCAUCCGCAAGUCCAUCUAUUGCUUUGGAUUGGUGGUGCGGAUAGCGGCCAGCAGUUUGCCCUGAUGGUGGCAAAUCAUGCAAUGCGUAAGGUGUUCCUGCGUUCCCUGCGGGAAAUACUCCGCACAUAUCCCAGUUUGGAUGGCAUUGAUCUCGAUUGGGAGUUCCCCAGUGCCUAUGACGAGGAGCGAAUGCAUCUGUCGCAGCUGCUCUAUGAGAUACGCACGGAAUGGCGGCGGGAGAAGCGAGAGCAAGAUAUACUCUCACUGGCAGUGGCCGCACCGGAGGGCAUUGCCAUAUAUGCCUACGAUAUGCGAGAAUUGAAUCUCUAUGCGGAUUAUGUUAACCUGAUGGCCUAUGAUUUCCAUUUCUAUCGCCGGGACACACCAUUUACGGGCCUGAAUGCCCCACUGUAUGCUCAUGCCAGUGAUCGCUCCCUGAUGGCCACAUUUAACAUUAAUUACACGGUGCAGUGGUGGCUUAAGAGCGGCCUGGAGCCGCAUCGUCUGGUGGUGGGCCUGCCCACCUACGGGCAUUCCUUCACCCUGGUAAACCCGCUUAACCAUCGGAUUGGAGCACCUGCCUCGGGCUUUGGCCAAUGCGGCCAACUGGGCUUCACCACGCUCUCGGAGACCUGCGAGUGCGCCGCCAAAUUCAUCAGGCCCAAUUAUAUGUACGAUCCGGAGACCUGUUCGCCGUAUUUGAGCGCCUUACAAGAAUGGAUUUCGUAUGAGAAUCGCACGAGCAUAGAGUGCAAGGCCAGUUAUGUGAAAUCCCUGACGCUGGGCGGUGUUAUGGUCUUCUCUUUGAACACCGAUGAUCUCAGGAACUCUUGCCGGGAUCAGCGGGUAUCCAGAAACCCCGAGAAGCCCGUUUUUCCGCUCACACAGGCUGUCAAGGCGAUCAUAAGAGGUAACGCUUUAAUUUAGGAAAAACAGAAAAGAUCGAUGGUUGCUGCAUUAUAAAUCUACAUAUAUUUUAAGGAUUCUAAAAAAUCAAUUUUCUGUUUAUACAUUUAUAUUGAAAUGCGCCAAAGAAGAGAUUCAACCUGGUUAUAAUUAAUUUUUAGAGAAAUUUUUGAAAAUAAUCGAGAAAUAAAUUAAUCGCAUUUCCGUGAUAUUUGUAUAUUUAAUCUUAAUUUGUAUACAAUAAUUUAAAAAAUUUGUAAUUUCCAUAUAUAUCAAAUUUUAUACAAGAAAUAUAGUUUAAAGGUGUCUUAAAUAUUGCAAAAAAAAAGUCAAUAUAAUUAUUAAUAUGUUGAUAAUAUUAUAGUAUUAUUUUUCAAGUUUUAAAUUUCAAAAUAUAUCAAAAUUAAUUGUAAUUUUUUGUUCAAAAAAUGAUUUAAAUAUUAGUAAAAAAAAGGAUAAUUAAUUAUCGAUAUUUUAAAGAUAAAUGCGAUAUUUUACGAUAUCAAGUAAUAUAUAUUUUUCGAUAAAUACCUUUAAAAUGUUAUAAAAAUCAAAAGAAAAUCAACAAAAAGAGAGUUAACAACUUAUGUACACAGUCAUAGACCAUAGCUUUAUAUAUUUACGGGUUGGUAUUUCGUUUAUAUAUAUUUAUAUAUGCAUAAGUUUAAGAUAAAUUAUCACAAUCUAUGAAUAGUCCGAAUAAUAAUAACUAGAAAGUGUCGCAAAUCAUA